GGGAGCAAUGGAUAGUGAGGCAACGAAUAAGAUCCUGAUAUUCGGGGGAACUGGAUACAUAGGCAAGUAUAUGGUGAAAGCAAGCAUUUCUUUAGGCCAUAAAACAUAUGCUUAUGCUCGUCCAAUCUCAGAGAAAACCAGUCUCUCCAAGCUACAACUACACAAGGAGUUUCAGUCCCUCGGUGUCAUCAUUGUCCAAGGAGAGCUAGAUGAACAUGAGAAACUUGUAAGUGUAAUUAGGGAAGUGGACGUGGUGAUAUCUGCACUAGCUUAUCCUCAAGUUCUUGACCAAUUCAAGAUCAUAGAUGCUAUCAAAGUUGCUGGUAAUAUAAAGAGGUUUCUUCCAUCAGAUUUUGGAUGUGAAGAGGACAGGGUGAGACCUCUACCUCCAUUUGACAAUUUUCUAGAGAAAAAGAGAAGAAUCAGAAGGGCAAUAGAAGCAGCCGGGAUUCCUUACACCUUCGUUUCAGCUAAUUGCUUCGGCGCUUACUUUGUUAAUUUCUUGCUUCGCCCAUAUGACCAACCAGAACAUAUACUUGUCUACGGCAGUGGUGAAGCAAAAGCUGUGUUAAAUUAUGAAGAGGAUAUAGCCAUGUGCACAAUCAAAGUGGCAAAUGACCCUAAAACGUGCAAUCGAGUUGUGAUUUAUCGUCCUCAAAAAAAUAUCAUAUCACAACUUGAAUUGAUCUCACUUUGGGAGCAAAAGACUGGUCGUACUUUCAAAAGGGUUCAUAUUGCAGAGGAAGAUUUAGUGAAACAAGCCGAGACCCUACCACAUCCAGAAAAUAUACCAAUAUCCAUUCUACACUGCAUAUUUGUAAAAGGUGAAAUGAUGAGCUUUGAACUUGAUAAGAAUGACAUUGAGGCUUCUAAGUUGUAUUCAGAUUUUCAGUUCUCCACAAUUGAUCAACUUCUUGACAUAUAUUUGUCUGAUCCUCCGAGGCCUGCAAUUGCUGCGUUUGAAUGAUCUUCAACUCUUUUUCACUCUUCAGUUCAAAACCUAUACGUUGAAGUCUUAUAUAUGUAUUUCCAUUUCUUUCUUUUCAAAUAAAAGUUUUAUUGUACUUUCUUUGUUGUAGGAUAUGUUUAACAAUAUGAAUUGGAGUUGAGCUUCAUUACCAUAAAAGGAAAAAAAAUCAAAUAAUAAUGAAUGUGAAAAUGCAUCAACAUUCAACAACAAUAUUAUAUGUUCUUUGCGAUAUUUACAUCAGUAAAUUCAAUCCUGUUAAAUGUAAUUUGUUGUUUGAGCUUAUGACGGCCUUAUUAUUAUAGGAUUUUCUUCAAGUUCUGGUUGACAAUGUUUUGAAAGCUGGCCCCACCGGUUGGACCGGAAACUGGGUUGUAAUUUGGGUCAAUCACAACUAAACUCGGCUAUAUCAAGUAACCCGGAGUAACCCACGGUUGAACCGGAAGAAUAGUAGCGAACCGUCGAUCUAACCGGCUCGGGGUCUAAACCGGGUCACUAAUAGAGGAAAACCGUUCUGCAGCUGCCUCUUCAAAGUUCAAUUCAACUCGUAAUCUACAUCAAAGAUUUUCUUGAUACAAGCAAGAGGGAGCUGGUGGUUCUUGAAAUCGUUGACUUGAUCGAUUUCUUAACACUGGCAAGACCAAAAUAUUUGGAGAUGUUGUUGUUGCUGUUGAAGGAGGUGGUGAAAACUGAAAAGGCGCGGCGACAACAGCAGUAGAGGAAGGAGGUUGGGGCUAUGGGUAUGAGGAGGAUUGACCUUGCUGGGUGUUCUCCAUUGAAUUUUGAUUAUGAUUAUGAUUAAGAUUUUUGAUGAUGAUCGGGGAUUGGUGAUGUUUGUUGGAUGAUUAGAAUGUGGAUAGAGGUGAGUUUAUUUGAUAGGAUGUGGGAGAUGUGUUUGCGCGGGUAGCGAUGAAUGAAGAAAUGAAUGGUUGAGAUUUUGUUUGAGAGCAAGAGGAUGGAAUAAGGA